AUGCCGCAAUGUGGUCGGUGCAAGACUCAGAAUAUUGCAUGUUUGUACCCAAUUCGGGCCAAGAGGAGGUCUGCGCGACCAUUGAUCGACCCAGCCCUCUCGGCAGAUGGCUCCAAUGCUGCUCUGUCUACUAUCCUUGAUCGCCUUCAGCGUCUUGAGGCACGAGGAAUAGCUGGAUCAUCAUCAAUCAACGGCCAGUCCAUGCCAACUCCCGGCGGCGAUGGCUCUGAGAUCUCGUCAUCGCCAGUCACUUCCAACACCACCAACGGCCAUGAGUCCAGUGCAUUGACGCCUCACAAUCAUGUUCGUGAGAUGGACGCUAUGACUGUUCUGAAGGAUGCAGUUGAUCAUGUCCAGGAACUGAGGAGAAGGACGUUUGGCACCGCCGUUAUUACCAGCUCAUUGGAUAUUCCCACAGAUAUAGCCAAGGCUUGGGCUACGAACUUCUUUAAGCAUAUGCCUGUGUGCAUGUUCAUCAGCUUGGUGGAUAGGCGCAUCAUCGACAUACUUCCCGAUAUCAUCAAUCUGCCACACAUCCACAUCGACCCAGUCAUUCUCGUCAUAUACUACAGCGUCCUUUACCACGGAAGCUGUUUGAAGGCCAGUAAUCUCACUUCAACUGAUGCUCUUGGCUACAUGAAUGCGAGUUUUCUCGGAUGUCUCCGCGCGCUACCAAGUUGGGAGCGAGAAGCAUCAGGGACUAUGACGGAUCUGAUCGCUGCGCUCUUCACCAGCCGUAUGGCCGCUGAAUUCUUCGAUUACGAUCUUGCUUGGAGGACAUUCAAACUCGCAUGCCAGUACUGUCAGGACCUUAAUAUCCACAAACUCGACUCAGACGAGAGCGACAUCUUUUUCAGCGAAGCCAAGUGUGAUGAAGAAAGAAGGGGUUUUUGGGAAGUCAUCCAGAUUGAUCUCUUCUACCGCCUUAUCCUCAAUACGCCUCUCGUCAUCACCAACAACAUAUGGAAAGUCAACCUACCGUGGCUGGAUCCUAAUUCGGAAUCCCUCCCACAGGGCAUGCAGACAGUUGCGUUCUUGGCUAGUUCUCGAGUGAGUCUUGUGAUUGCUCGGUUUUUUGCUAUGCUAGAUGACCCGAAUAAUACCACUAGAUCUGAGAUCGUGGCCAAGACGGAGGACCUUUGCCGCGAGAUGCAACAGAUUUUUACUGAAUGGCAGCUGAUCGAAUGGAUGGAUGCCGCUCAAGACAAUGAUCAGGAUAUAUGGGUAGUUGCCGAUGUCAUAUUAACCGGCUACACCUCAAUCAUCUACAUGUUCCGCAAGAUGGCAUUGCUCGACUCAAACUCCCCUAGGCCACCUACAACCGACCUAGACAUCCCAGACUCACCCAUCGUCGAAGAUGCAGCCCGGCGUCUCAUCGCGGCUCUCAAUCGAUUAUUGGUGAUAUACCCUUACGGAGCAACAAUGACAGGAUUGUUCGGCGCAUACAGAUGUUUCGUCGCGUUUGCUUAUUUGGCCAACACUAUAUUGCGCGCCGAAGACCCGCGUCGCUAUAUGGCAGAUAUUGAAGCACUUGAAAGGCUAAGUAAUCAAUCGACUUUGCUGUGUCGAGGCAAUAGGGAUGUUAUGCCUUUGGUGAAAGCAAUGCAGAGUAUUACCGAGGAAAUACGCAAGAAACUAGACAAACAUUCCUAG